CCCCCACCCCUAGCCUCCCUUCCCCGUACACACACACAUCCACACACUCACACCCCACCCCCUAGUCUGGCUGGGAAUUUGAACCGAUCCAGCCUGUUUAAACGGAAAGGACACAGAUCUUCAAUGUAAAAAAAAAAAUCAGAUCAGACCGAGAGAGAGAGAGAGAGAGAGAGACAGAGAGAGAGAGAGAGAGAGAGACAGAGAGGGAGGAGUGUGUGUGUGUGUGAGAGUGUGUGUGUGUGUGUGUGUGAAAGAGGGAGAGGGAGCGAGAGAGCGAGAGAGAAGGAGAGAGAGAGGGAGAGAGAGGGAGGGAGAGAGAAAAGAAGAGGGGGAAAAAAAGGAAAGAAGAUUUUCUCUAUGUAUAUAAAGAUGGCCACGUUAGCAAACGGACAACCAGACAAUACCAGCCUGAGUAGCAAUCACAGCAACCCCAGCACCAACGGGCAUAUGAACGGAUUAAACCAUAGUCCCGGAAACCCGUCCACCAUCCCAAUGAAGGACCACGAUGCCAUUAAGCUCUUUAUUGGGCAGAUCCCCCGUAACCUGGACGAGAAAGACCUCAAACCGCUCUUCGAGGAGUUCGGGAAGAUCUAUGAACUGACGGUGCUGAAGGACAGGUUCACUGGCAUGCACAAAGGCUGUGCCUUCCUAACAUACUGCGAAAGGGAGUCUGCUCUAAAGGCCCAGAGCGCACUGCAUGAACAGAAGACGCUGCCGGGGAUGAACAGACCGAUCCAGGUGAAGCCAGCGGACAGCGAAAGCCGAGGAGAAGAUAGAAAACUCUUUGUGGGCAUGCUCAAUAAGCAGCAGUCGGAAGAUGAUGUGCGCAGGCUAUUCGAGGCGUUUGGCAACAUCGAGGAGUGCACGAUCCUUCGGGGACCCGAUGGCAACAGCAAAGGGUGUGCAUUUGUGAAAUAUUCUUCACAUGCAGAGGCCCAAGCUGCCAUCAACGCCUUGCAUGGCAGCCAGACAAUGCCGGGAGCCUCUUCAAGCCUGGUGGUGAAGUUUGCAGACACGGACAAGGAGCGCACGAUGAGGCGCAUGCAGCAAAUGGCAGGACAAAUGGGCAUGUUCAACCCCAUGGCCAUCCAGUUUGGAGCUUAUGGCGCCUAUGCACAGGCACUGAUGCAGCAGCAAGCGGCGAUCAUGGCGUCGGUGGCGCAGGGCGGAUAUCUGAACCCCAUGGCCGCCUUCGCCGCGGCCCAGAUGCAGCAGAUGGCGGCUCUGAACAUGAACGGCCUGGCAGCCGCCCCCAUGACUCCAACCUCAGGUGGAAGCACGCCUCCUGGUAUAACUGCACCAGCUGUGCCUAGCAUCCCAUCUCCAAUUGGGGUGAAUGGUUUCACUGGCCUCCCGCCGCAGGCUAAUGGGCAGCCAGCCGCUGAAGCCGUGUUUGCUAAUGGCAUUCACCCUUACCCAGGUGUAUGGCACCAGAUUUCCUUCCAAGAGGCCCCCACCUUUGCAUCCUCCAAGCCUUGCCUCCAGCCACACCUCUGUGCGGCACAGAGCCCCACUGCAGCAGACCCCUUGCAGCAAGCCUACGCUGGAGUGCAGCAGUACGCAGGUCCUGCUUAUCCUGCUGCUUAUGGCCAGAUUAGCCAAGCGUUCCCACAGCCACCUCCCAUGAUCCCACAGCAACAGAGAGAAGGACCAGAGGGCUGUAACCUGUUUAUCUACCAUCUGCCCCAGGAGUUUGGGGAUGCUGAGCUGAUGCAGAUGUUCCUGCCUUUCGGUAAUGUCAUCUCCUCGAAAGUGUUUGUGGAUCGGGCGACAAACCAAAGUAAAUGCUUUGGUUUUGUGAGUUUUGACAAUCCUGCCAGUGCCCAAGCUGCUAUCCAGGCCAUGAAUGGAUUCCAGAUUGGCAUGAAGAGGCUGAAGGUGCAGCUGAAGAGGCCAAAGGAUGCUAAUCGUCCCUACUGAAGGGUUGUGGGAACCGCUGGAUACAAAGCACUAGCACAGAGAGAACACCUGGAGCUCUUUUAACCUGCCUCAAAUAAAAAAUAAAACCCAAGAGACAAACAACCCAAGUGGCAAUGUCACACUUCAACAACCCUUUCCUUUCCCUGGCCACACAUUUCUCCUCUUCUAAGAGGAUGGACACACAGGUAAAACUUGUGUCAAUGAACCAACAGGGUCAUGGGCUUCUUCUAAAGCCCCCUUCCCUAGUAACCUGCUUAGUUUCAAGCCUCUCUCAGACCAGAACAGUUUGGGGAGAUUUAUGAGAGCAAUUCUUCUGGUUCCUUUCACAAUGUGUUUUCCGCUAUUCUCAUCUAUCGCUAUGCCAACAUGCAUCAUUUAUUUAAUACCAGUCACUAGCCAUAUUAAGCUUUUUCUCUUUUUUUUUUUUUUUUUUUGCCUUUUUUGUUGAGGACAUUCCCCCCUAUACCUGGAGAAAUCAUGCAGGUAAAUAACAUCUGAGCCAACAGUCUUAGACCUGCCUUUUCUGCCUCCAACCACAGCUUUCCAGGAGUAUCAAUCAUCCCCGAACUAGGAUUCUUCGCAUUUUAAUUAUGCUAAUAUCGUCAUAAUUUCAUUCUCGUUAACAGCGAUUGAAUUUCAGUCUCUGCAGAUGGUGAAGCUGGACAGUUACCAAGCCACAUGCCAUCUUGAGAGGAGGUUAUGGACCAGUGCUUAGCCUGUGGCAGUGCUGCUCAGCACCAUUUCUGGGUUGCAACACUUUACUUUACCCAUUUGUGAAAUGGCAUAUGCCUUUGCCUCAUACUGGUUUUGAGAUUUACAAAGAACACUUCUAAAAAUAAAGAGUUCAUUGCCCAGCUAGCUAAUUCUUGUUACAACACAGCCCUGCCUGCUUUGACAAUUUCAGGUGAAGGCUAGAGAGGAAUUACGCUAUUAAUUUAAAGUGCCUACAAAGAGGACAGACACUCCUCACAAGAAGCCUCAGGAGAAGACAAAGGAGAACAAGUACAAGUUUCACCAGGAGAAAUUUGUUCUCAACAUAGGAAAGACAUUUUUUACAGUGAAAACUACCUAUCACUGGAACAACCUCCCCAGGGAUGUGGUAGAGCCUCCAUCACUGGAAGUUUACAACAUCUCAUUGCAUACCACUGGGUGCUAGAUAAUCUUGUCUAAGAUCCCUUUCCCAUGAAAAUUUGGACCACAUAAACUUUCUGUGUCUAUUCCAACAUGGGAUGCUUCAUGAUUCUGUGGUCCUGUGGUUGUUGCAGGUGUACACAGAUGUGUGGGUAUGUCACCACAAUAGACACCAACCCACUGAAUCUCCCCAUGAGAGCAAGUGUAGUCCCCAGAUCAUGGCAGUGCUGAUGGGAAGGACCUCUGUGGUUUUCUCACCCAGCCUCCUACUGAGAUCAGGCUGGGGUCUUCUGGGUAUGUCCCUUGUUUUUCUCACAGAAUAAAAUUAUUGAAGGCUACACAGAUAAAUUUGUACAACCACAAUCACACCUGUGCUGCGGGGACUGGCAACCAAGGCAACCCUUCUCCUCACCAUUGUGGUAGAUGGACCAGGGUUUGUUGCAUCUCCUUUCUGGACUGGAUUUCUCUUCAAGGAAAACCAGUGUGGGUAGAGUGAGUGGUGAGCACAAAAGCAGUGACCCAGAGAAAUACUGGGACAUGCAGAGGGACCAGGACCUCAGUGCACAUUAUGAGGAACUAUUCUGGCCCACACAGCAGCUCCAGUUCCACUCAGUGGAGAAUAGGUGGCUUCCCAGAUGUACCCUGGCAUAAUCCAUCACUGCCUUUCCUCACCACGCCUGGCCUACCUGUACCAUCUGUGAGGUACUCACACGUUCCAGACACAAUCCUCAGCUCUAAGCUAAGGGAAAUCCCACUGCUCCCUGGCUGACAGGCAGAGGAAACUUCAGCUUAAGCCUGGCUUCAAGUCAGAAAUCAAUAUUGCAUAAACCAAACUGCACCAGUUCUGCAGGAAAGGUUGACAUUGUGACUGAAAGUGUGAUGAAUGAUUUUAACAUGGAUUUGAUGCUUGAGUUGUUGGGUUUUUUAAUACAAAUACAGACUCUGGUAAGGCAAAUAGAAAUUAUAUGGACUAUUGCAGCUUUCUGGUCUGAAGAACAUAUUAAAAUCACUUCAGGAGAUGAUAUCUGAUCAGCUUCUUAUGUAACUGUUGCCUCCUCCUACUCCAUUUGACAGCUGACCUCCCAGAUAAUCAAAGUAAGACACAGAUGGCAGCUGCACAGCCGAGGUAAACACGAAAUGGUCUCUGUGACAGCCCAGAAGAGCCAUUGUUUUCCCAUACCUAAAUCAGAUGGCAAUCUAGGAUCCCAGCCAGACCUAUCUUCCCCCAAGCAUUAAAAGCACACAAUGAAUGAAAAGGCACAGUAGUCAAAAGGGUAAGAAACAGUGUCAGUAAUAUUUCGUAUUGCAGUAAGUCUUCAGAUACUUCUAGGAAAUACUUUUAAUCCAUGGCAAGGACUUUGAUUUUCUUCAAUUAUUUAAUAUGUUGGUGAGGGAUUAAUUAAAACCAUGAGAGAGAGUCACUCUUUAAGGGCAAAAGAUUUUGAAUUCUGCUUGCUGAUCAGGAUGACAACAGUAUUUAUGCUGAUGGUCAAAAAGGGCAUUUCUGACUCCAAUUCCAUUUCCAGAAAACAUUAACUUUACCUCACGGUGCAUUAUUUGAAUCAGCACACGUCGCCAGGGGUUGAAUAAGACAGUUUUUCCGCACUCCACAACGCAGUACCGACACUUACUAAAUUAUGCUGUUAAAUACUGUAGUAUGGCUAUAAAAUACAAUGAAGGCCCAUGGAAAGGUGCCAGCCCCUUUCUGAGAGAGAGACAGCACUUUUUUGGAACCCUGCCUGUGGCCCGUAAUUUUCACUUCCUCCUACUACAGUCUGAAGUGACAUGAAAGGACUUGUAAAGUCAAGUCCAGGAGGCUGGUGGGAAUUUGAAGGAGUAAAGAUGAAGUUACAACAUCAUUGGUAGCAUUUGACCUACUUGAUCUUUGCUGGGAAGGAAGGAAGGAGCCAAAUCUCCCACACACCUCUCUAGCAGACCACACUGAGGGGAAAAAAAAAAAUUUAAAAAAAGAAAAAAAAAAUCCAGCCUGCAAAAUCUGUAUUUUUCUGCCCAGACAGGGCCAAAAUAUUGAAAACAUAUAAACUUCUAAUGGAGAAAACUGUUUGAAAGCAGAAAAACUUGGCAGAAAAGUCUAUAGCUUGCAAGAUAUUUCAGUAUUUCAUGGGAAAUGGCACUUGUUGAAAGAAAAGAACCAAUGGCAGAGGAUGGGAGAAUGGAAGAAUUGCUUACACAAACUGAGUCUUGUAAGGUAUUGCAGCAAUUCACAUGGACCUUGACAUGUACAACCAAUAAUGAGGUCCUUUAAGUCUAGCAAGCUAAAAAAUAAAUGCUUUUCCUUACUAAUGAUUACAAAGGAGUUGAACAAUGGAGCAGGAAUCAGGAUGGACCUUUGUGAAAAAUAUUUCAGCAAGAAAGAUUUCUCCUUCUCCAGUGGUCAUAAUCUGAACUGUCACACUCUGUAUGUGCCUAAAACCCUUCACUGCAGGAAUACAGACAAAAUGGUGUUGCCCACAAAGCUUAAAAUCAAGCUGAGGAACAACAACAAAAACAAAACCAAUACAUAACAUCUAUUUAGGUCACCUCAGUGACAGUGCCUGACAGACAACAUGCACAAUAUGCUGCCCUCCUGUGUGCUACCACAGUUCUACAGAAGUUGGUUAGCACAUCAGAGGAAGGCUGAAAAUAAUAAUGAGGUGGAGAGCAGAACUGGGUAAGCAGAAUUCCACAGAAAUUUUUGUCUUCUAUAUUGACACGUACCUUGAUCUAUUUCUUAUAUCCCCUCACCUACAAACUUAUACACAAAUCCAGGCAAACACUCAGCCUAAAAUGUGUGCCCUUAAUUGUCUUACAUGUAAGCUUUCAUCAGAUGGUCAAAACUGGAGAGCAGCAGAAUUCUCUUAGCAACAUUGUUUGAACAGACACAAUUUGGAUAUACCCAAACCACCAAUAUUCCUCUUCUAGGCUGGGUGUUCAUUGGAGGUGAUUCUUUGUUACAGAACAAGUCUCUGGAGCAACCGAGCUUGAGGCAUGGUUUUCAAAUUCAUUAAAAAUUCACAACAGCUCUGGUGGCUGCAGAAAACCUUCACAUGGUUACUAGGGAUAAUUCUGUCAGCAAAACUCAGAGCUACCUUAUUCCACACAACCUACUUCUUAAACUCUGUCCAGCCCAGGCAUAUGUGGACAGUGAUUGCCAGGAGUGCAUCUUAGGGAAAGGAUUUGAAAGAAGUUGUUAAGCCCAGUGAAACAGGGCAGCCUGGAGAGCUCCAGCCCAGCCCCUCCUGCCACUAGAAAGGAGGGAAACAGCACUAGAAGGUGCUUUGCCUAAAUGUCAGGAUGCCUGACACGGUCUCAAAACACACAUGUACCACACAGGGGAACACAACCAGCUUCCAGAGACUGCAGCCUCCAAUGAGUGACCUGAAAUGCAGGAAGCAGCCUUAAGGAAGACGUUAAACCUUGUCACCCAAAAUAAAGUUUAUGUCAAAGAAAAUUCCCUGUGCCAACCGCACAAGAGUCACUUUGUUUCCCAUCCAACGAUCCCCUCCCCCUUAGUUUUUUCUCAUCUCCACUGCCCUUUUGGAGCAAAAUUCUCAGUGCAGUUGGUCACAGCAGUUCAGCUGGGGACAGGAAUGAGUAUCAGGAGUGGAACAAAAUACACAGAAGGGUCUCUUUUACAUUUUCAGAGACACAGACUGUAUUUUCCUCUUUCCCUUUGGCUCUGUCACUUCUCUUUCAACUCCCACAAGUAGCACUUGGAGAGCAAAGAAACUGGGGGAGAGGUGUGAGAAAGCUGAGCCAUCUGCCUGGAGGAGAACAGGGAUUCAGGCACUGGCAAAUGAGCUCUGAAAACACUGCCAUGGUGUCCUCAGGUCCUGACACGUGCUUCUGCAUCCUCAGUCCCUGUCAUGGGCACCCUCACACUGCGGGGCGAUGGAGGGGAGUCUGGAGAGCAGACCAAGGAAAAUUGAUGAGAUGCCAGACUUCCAGAGACAGGCAGAGGUUCCCCCCUCUGCUGCAGGAAUGAAGGGUUGGUAAUAAACUGUGGGGAUAAAUGGCAGCAGCUUCCCUCACUACUUCUGUCUACUCCCUGAGGAGGUGCUGGGCCAUGGCAGCAAGGGCAGAGGGAGGGAUUUAGAGAACAGCCACGGCCUCUGUGACAGCAGGCAUCAAAAACCCUCCCCAGCACCAGAUGUCUUCACACAGAACUGGUCUUGGACCAUGGUUACCCUGGCUGUAAGACAUCAUUUUGUUUCUCUGCCUCAUACUCCCCAAUGUGACAAAUUCAUUUUCAAGCAAAAGUCUUUCCUCCACCCCCUUCCCCCCACUAUAAAAA